AUGAUGAGAACCACACAGUAUUUCAUUACUUUUUUCGUUCAAUUCUUCCUGAUAAAUUCGUCGGACAUAGUUCCAUUAGAUGUUGGUGUUCAUCUAUUUGUCGAUGAACAAUACAUCGAGAACAUGACUUCGUUAGAAUUUCAAAAUGGACACAUCGAAAAAGAUCUUGAUCAUCCUCUUGUCUAUCCUGAAUAUCCUUGGGAAGCAGCAGUACAUUUUUACAAUAGUUUUCUACAAGUUCCAUCGAAUUUGUCGACCACAGGUGCACCAAUGUAUAUGAUUUAUUACGCAUGUGUUGAUUCUUCAGCAAUAAUUUACAAUGACAACGUAUCGGUUUGUGUCGCGAAUAGUUCGGACGGAAUUCAUUGGGAGAAACCUUUGUUUUGGUAUUAUCCUUACACGGCCAAUGGAACAAAACCAGCUCAAGCAACAAAUAUUGUUUUUACGACGAAUGUCAAUGAGUUUCUAGGAACAGUUUUUAUUGAUACACGUCCAGGAACUACACGUUCGGAAAUCUUCAAAAUGAGUUAUGAAAACGAAUUCGUUCGAUACGUUUAUGUAGCAACGUCAGAGGAUGGCUUUCGGUGGAAAGCAGGAAUUAAACCGGCACAUCCACUUGCAGGUCUAUCUGAUACACAAACGGCUAUGUUUUAUUCUUCAGAAAAUGGUGGACAAUAUGUUUUGUACGGGAGAGCAGAUUGGUUCGUUCGAAACAGUUCGGUCUAUUGUCCUGGUGCAAAUCCUGCUUUUCGAAGAGUAAUGGUGACAACAUCGUCUGGAGAUAUUUAUGGACCAUGGACAAUACCAAUGGAAGCAUUUGCAUUAGGUGUUCCAGAUCCUGUUCAAUGUUUCGAUAAUUAUAAUCCUGCAGCUUUGUAUUAUUACGGUGUUUAUUUUAUUUUUCCUUCAGGUUAUUGGCAUUGGCCAGUGAAUGACUCCGGUGCACCAAUUCCACUUGCUGCCGCGAAUGAUGGUGUGAUGGACAUUCGACUAGCCAUUAGUCGUACAGCACUUGGUCCAUAUAGAUUUCCCACACGUGAUCCAUUUAUUUCUCGCGGAAUUGGUACAAUUGAUCCGAAAACCAAGUUAGUUAACGGUACGGGAAGUGACCGGGAUGCUGGGUUUGUCUUUGCUUCGUCAAAUGGAUUGAUGGAUCCUGAUUUCAUUCGGUCAGAUGUUGGCACACCAUCAGCAUGGAUGUAUCACAUCUACUGGGGUUCGCAAACAACGCAUGCAGGUGGUGGAACUGUUCUAGGUCGAUACUGGCCUGGUGCAUAUUCAGGAAUAUUCAGAGCACGUUUACGCCGAGAAGGAUAUGUUGCAUUGUCAACAUUGGUAUCAGAACCAACUGGUUUCGGAGAAUUCAUUUCGCAGAUUCUUUCGUUACCUGUGAAGAAGAACGGCCAACAAUUACUAUUACAUAUCAAUGCUGAAAUUGCUACUGCUGGAGGCUUAGCUGUUCAAUUUGAAGAUGGAUUGACAAGAAAUCCUAUUCCUGGAUUUACAUUUGAUGAAUGUAAAACACUGCACGGAAAUGGAAUACGACAAUUACUAGAAUGGAAGACUCGGAAUGGAACAUAUUCGGGAGACUUAAAUCCACUCAUAGAUUAUCCUAAUGGACUUCGAGUGCAUUUACAAAUGACACAUACAAAACUUUACUCUUGGUUAUUAUCUUACGUUUAA